AACAAGUCUGCCGUCCUGUCAGUGACGGAGGGGUUAACGGGAGCGCGCAGACGUCUCUCUCCUCUCAUUUUCUCUGCUGCGGCUGAUUCCAAAGCUGCUUCUGAUUUGACUGAUUUUUGCAGCUGAAGGCACCGCGGGGCAGAAGAACACACCGCUGAGGGCUGCGGGAAUCGAACGUCCUACUGCGCGCUUUCACACAGUUGGAGAAGCAUGCGUGGGUGUUGAAGGCCGCAUUCUCACGUCAUCGCCUUCUCGCCUCCAGCCCAGAGCGUCUGUCUGCUUUACCCCAGGUUGUCACUCGUUCGGUGAGGCUGAGCCCACGCCAUGUCUGCAGAGGUGGAAACCAGCGCGCCCGCACCUGUCGAGCCCAGCUCCCAGACUGUGGACUCGACCUCCAGCACCCCACCCACGUCCCCCAGCACGGCCACGUCCAGGGUCCCGUUCAAGAGGGAAAAGAAGAAAAUUCCAGAGAAGACAGACGAGUACCUGCUGAGCAGGUUUCAGGGAGACGGCGUGAGGUACAAGGCCAAGCUGAUCGGCAUCGACGACGUUCCGGAGGCGCGGGGAGACAAGAUGUGCCAGGACUCCAUGAUGAAGCUGAAGGGAAUGGCGGUAGCGGCUCGGUCUCAGGGCAAACAUAAACAGAGGAUCUGGGUCAACAUCUCGAUGUCGGGUAUAAAGAUCGUUGAUGAGAAAUCAGGAGUGAUCGAGCAUGAGCAUGCGGUGAAUAAGAUCUCCUUCAUUGCCAGAGACGUGACGGACAACAGGGCGUUCGGAUACGUGUGUGGAGCAGAGGGUCAGCAUCAGUUCUUCGCCAUAAAAACUGCACAACAGGCGGAGCCGUUGGUCAUCGACCUGAAAGACCUUUUCCAAGUGAUCUUCAACGUUAGGAAAAAAGAAGCAGAGUCUUCACAGAAGGGGGAAAAUGGCAGCUCUGUAGUUGAGAAUGGAGGUGAUGCCUUGUUGGGUGUAGACGGUGGAGUCAAAACUGCUCAGCCUGUGGAGCAGCUGGAUCUUUUUGGAGAUAUGUCGACUCCUCCAGACGUCCAGGUUCCCAGUGACUCUAAUGAAACGCUCUUGCUGGACUUUUCUGCUGAAGUUGACAACAAUCAGAAUUGCAUAAAAGGAAAUUCCUUUCUAACCUUUGGCCUCGACUCUAUGAUGUCUUCUGAUGCCAAGAAUCCCUUCACUCCAAAGUUUGGUUACUUCCCCGCCCCGGACAGUGACCCUUUCAGAGAUGACCCCCUCGCUAAAUCGGCGGGUGACGCCCCCGUUUCCCCCAGUGACUAUCUGAACCACUUAACCGGGGACCCCAAUAAGACUGUCUGUAAUGGCGAGGUGAACGGCGAGGCAGAGAUCAGUCAACGAAGUAUUGGGUUAUCCGGAAAAGCAAUGAUCCUUGCGCUUAACAAUGGACAGUGGCCACUAGGGGGCAGCAUAGUUCAAGGCACUGGGAUCACUUUGACAGAGGGGAACGAGGCCGUCCUGCAAAACAAAAACCCAUUUUCUGAGCUGUCUGUCUUAAACGGCGUUACUCCACGUCCGGAGGCGGAUUCGGUGGUCCUGAGCCCGCCCCCGCAGAGCUCCAAGCCCGGACGAGGGCGAAGGAGUGCAAAGUCAGGAUCAAACGACCUGUUUGGGGCAGAACUUUUUACCACUCCGGCCCCCUCUGAGAGUUCAUCCGUCCCGCCUGACCUUUUCAACAAUACGCCCGUAAAUUCCACUCCCUCCACCAUCGCCGCCCUGGGAAAUCUUCAGUUGGGCCUCCCUGCGACCACAACUGUCCAUCCUGCUGGCAUGUGGGGAGCUCCUGCCGCUGCGCCCGCCAUGUUUCCCAUGCCAGGAGUGGGGGCCCCGGGCCCCAGGCCUGGUUUCAUGCCACAGCCUGCCUUUGGGCCUCCCAUGGCAGCCCCGGCAUGGCCUCAGCAGAUACAGCCACAGUUUAACCCCCCACCCUUGUCUCCACCUCAUCUCUCCUGGGGUCAACCUGCAGCAUCCAAUCCCUUCCAACAAGGUGCGUUCCCAGACCAGGGAGGUCCGUCACGGCCCCCUCCGAGGGCCCCCGUCAAGCAAGCGCCUCCCAAAGUGGAGAACAGUGCCUUCACAGCUCUGGACCCUCUGGGAGAUAAAGAGAAGAAGACCGGAAAGGACAUGUUUAAGGACUUCCAGCUGGCCAAACCUCCCGCCAUCCCUGCAAGGAAAGGGGAGCUAACCGCUAAUGUCACUGCACCCCCCAGCAGCAAAGAUCCAGGGGCUUUUGAUCAGUACUUUACCAAUAAAGUGGGGGUGGCUCAGGAUGCUGCAGAUCACGACGACUUUGAUAUCAACCAGAUUCCACUAGCUAAUAACGGAGUUUCCAAAGCUGCGCCCGCUGCAGUCGCCGCCCCGCUCUUUAACCCCGAUCUGCUCGAUUCUGCCUUUUCCUCUGCUCCAGUCGGGAACAGUUCAGCGCAGCCGCCGAGUAACAACCAGGACAUGUUCGAUCAGGCAUUCGGAGCUCCAGCUUCCAAUCCGUUUGGAGCACCACCUGUAGCUGUGAAUUCUGCUUCAACUGAUGCUUUUGGAGACGCUUUUGGAAAUCCUUUUGCCUGACCACAAAUUUGAUGGAAUGAAAGGAAUGAGAUGAACAUUGAAGAUCUAACCAUCCAAGACUCUUUGGAGACGAGCUGCUGUGUGCAAGACAAUCCAUGAUGAACUCCUCCCCCUGUCCCAACUCUCCUCAACUUUAGUUCUUUUGCCCACUGAUUUAAAGAGGAAAAAAUGUCGUUAUCUGCUGAAAGAAAUGUUUGUAAAAGAAAAUUCAUGGUUUCACUGCUGAUGUUUGUUAAAGAAAUAAAUCAUUAAUAAUGCUA